AUGCACUUUAUUUUAUUGUUAUUGACAGUUUUGAUUGUUGAGAGUCGUGAGAUUUUUUUGAGCAUUGAUCAUCCCGGAGAGACGCUGCAUGGCAAAGAGUUGAAUUUAGCUGUUGAGACUACAAUCAAGAUCAAUGUGACUGAUGGAUCGAAAAAGAAAGUGGCUGUAAGAUGGAGCUCUCCCUAUGGUAAUGAUACCGGAUGUCGCCCCUUUGGCUCAUUUGAUAAUAAUUUUGAACCUCCGAGUGGUCAAUCGCCAAAUUACGCUUUUGGACAGUGUUUUAUGGAGGGUGAUUCUGGUAUGGAGAUCGAUCUGACGAAAUCUCAUUUUGCUGACAUUCCUUUAUUUUCUUUCAGUGCAACGGUUUUCGAUUAUGUGAAGAUUAUCGAUUCACAAGCAGAUUCGGACUUGAUUGAAUUUAUGACGGUUCCCGUUGAAAAACUCGAUGCUGAUCAAUAUGCAAAAUAUGUAAUAGGAGGCUCCUCUGAUGAUUCUUACGCUUAUUUUGUCACUGUGGCUCCGCCUGGGGAAACGAUCUUCACAAAGAGUUUAACUAACGACAGAAGAACUCAUAUUAAUUGCGUGGUUGAUGUAUUCACUGGGAAUAUCCCCGCAUUCGGCGAUAACACGAAUUUGUUGUACUGCAGAACAAGCAACGACACCGCGCCAAUGGAUUUGAACUGGCGAACACGAAUGGUCACUUAUCGAUUUAAAAACUACGAGUGCUGGGCUCAAAUUAUUCAUCGUGCUUUCAUGGCGGCUGAAGAUACUCCGGAAUGCAAUAUAGCCAUACCAACGACAGUUCCUUAUAUAACACUACUUGUCAAUGAAGAUUAUCCGAAAUCAUCGAAGAAGACGAUCGCUGAAUCGAGAUGUUUCGUGUAUGAUGCCUCUGAUCAACCGCGGAUCUCUGUAUAUUUGGAUAAGAUUGUAGGUGGAGUUCUGGACAUUACUUUUACCAAUUCUUACUUUGGAUACACUAAACAGAAGCGAAUUGAUUCACGUGACGUCGAUGGGAGCUUGGCUUUUUGUCAAAUCCGAGCCACUCAAAUUUCGUACACCUGGAUCCCAUCAGAUGACCUCAAUGAAACCAGUUUGAUUUUGGCGAGAAUUCGAGCCAAUUACGACAAUCAAACGAUUUCUGAUUGCCCUUUUGAGCCUAUUGACUAUGCGAAAGAUUUCAGAAAACCAAAAAUUAGCAAACUGCUUUGGGCGGCUAUCAUCAUUACUGGGAUUAUUAUCGUCAUUAUCCUUGGAAUCUUGUUCUAUUGCUUGGCUUUCUAUAGGAUUGUUAGAUGGUUGCGAUAUCUCAUUUUGCGAAAAAAAUUCGCCGAAGAUUCCGUCAAGCAUAAGAGAAAUCAAAUCUCUGUUUACAAGUCAGAAACAAGGGCUUCAAGGAAUGAACCUUCUAGCAAAGACCUUUGGGAGAUGGAUAUUACCAAGUUGUCCAUUGAGAAGCGACUUGGACGAGGCGCCUUCUCGGAUGUGUUUUUUGGGAAAUUCUCAGCUGAUCUGCCGUGUAUCAAAAUGUUUCCGGCUCUAAGGUCUCAAUUCCAUCAAUGCAACGAUGCUUACGAGGUGGCUGUCAAGAAGCCACUGGGAAACACCGAUGAUGACAAAAACUCUUUCCUCUUGGAGAUCUCGAUGAUGAAAUCGGUUGGUUACCAUCGGCACCUGCUCUCAAUUGUCGGUUGUUCAACGGUGCCCGAUUCUCCAAUGAUUCUCACAGUCUUUUGUGAACAUGGAGAUCUGCUGACACAAGUGCUCAAAAAGAAUCCGCAUAUGAAAAAUACGGAUCUUAAAAACUCGCCUUCUGCUCUGAGAUCGGCUGAUUUCAUGUCAAUCGCUUGGCAAAUAGCCGAUGCUUUGAUGUACCUAUCAAGCAAGAACUUUGUUCAUCGAGAUGUUUGCGCAAGUAAUGUGUUACUAACGAGAGACAAGGAAGCCAAGUUGACUGACUUUGGAGGCAAUCGAAUCAACAAAGAGACAUUGAUUUGGGCUCGUGGUGGAAGGCUGCCAGUGAAAUGGGCAGCUCCAGAAGCGAUCGAUCUUGGCGUGUUUACAGAGAAGACUGAUGUUUGGUCCUUUGGUGUACUUCUUUGGGAGAUGUACUCAUUGGGAGAGUCGCCAUUUGAUCACAUCCAAGUCCGAGAGAUUCUCUCGCAUCUUCGACAAGGAUUGCUUUUAGCGACUCCGGAGAAUUGCCCGGAUUUUGUCAAAAACUUGAUGCACUCGUGCUGGCAAUUGCGACCACAAGAGCGACCUUCGUUCACUGUGCUCGCAUCGCUCAUCGAAACCAAAUUACCGUCCGGACAACGUAUGAUCCAGGAAAUCGAAUUUUCU